AUGAGUGACACUCCAAAUAAAGGAAAAAAGAAUGCAGAUCUUUUAAACAGCCCUUGGUUUCAAAGUGCCUAUAAAUCAGCCUUGGAGUUCUAUGAGAAAGAUCAGGUAUUGGAUGGCAAAGAUCGAUUGGCUUUGCAUGAGAAAUAUAAAAAAAUAGCUCGUGGACAACUACUUAGUGGGUGGCUUGGUUUUACCGCUGUUUUUGGGACACCUUUUGUAUAUCGCUAUUACACCACUGGUGCAAUCAGAGGAGUUAAAGUUCCAAGAAAUUUCAUCUUGGGCUUAGUUGCAAUGGCUGCUACAUCACAUCUGGCCGGUAAUUCCAUUUAUCAAUAUCAAUUAAAUUCCCUGGAAUAUACCCCUUUGGAAAAGUUUGGAACUAAUGAAUAUGGAGAUAGAGAUGCUACAACAGAGCAACAGGUGAAUCAUCAAAAGACAAGCGAUCAGAAGCAAUACGAAAUGAUGCGUGUUUUAAAUAAUGGAAGUCCUACCAGGUGGUCAAUGUACUUUUACACCACCUUCCAUCAUCCUGAAAGAAAGUUACCUGAUCCAAAAGUUAAGUUGCAACAAAUGAAGGAACUUGCUAGUGGAUUUGGGGGAUUCAACUCACCAAUUAUGCACCAAAGGGAUCCAUUGGGUUUAUAUUCCAAGGGCCCUUCUGGGAAAAACCAGGAAAAUGGUGUUAUGCGACAAAGUGAGACAGUCAAGAAUGGAGCUCCCAGUUCAUUUAAGGAAGAACUUAACCCUCAAGAAACAAAUUCAAGAUCAUCGUGGGAUAAAGUCCUACAAAAGAGUGAUAAACAAUCAUCGUGGGACAGAGUAAGAAACGGGACUUUGCCAAGUACUUCUACAGGCGAAACAGGUAAGGAUGAUCUAUUGUCAUCAGAUAUUACUUCUUCCUCCGCUAGUUCAACCCCGCCAGAUGACACACCGAUUAUUCCAUUGGAUCACCCCACACAAUCAGAGUUCGACAAGCUACUGGAGAAGGAGAGAAAGGGAGGCGCAGAUAAUUAA